UGAUUGAAAUCUUAAAGGUGUUCCAAGUAUCAAUGGAAACUAGCAAGAUGCGAAUCUGCUUGGAAAAACUAGUUAUCUUGACAUGUAUUGGGAUGUUAUACACCCCAAAAGUGAAUUGUUCAUGUUCUAUUGAUUGGAGUGAAAAAUCCGGAAGCUGUUUCUUCGUUUCGCCAACAAGCACGAAAUGGGAAAAAGCAAAGAUAAGAUGUGCCAGUGAGGGUGCCCACCUCGUAUACCUCGGGAACGGAAGACCUGUGAAUUUCCUCAACGACCUGUCCUCUAUUUUUGACGAGGCAAAGGAAUAUUUUGUUGGUGCGAAAAAAGAAGGUUCUGUGUGGAAAUGGGGAGACGGUAGAGAUGUGGUUCUCCCCAUUAGCGCUCCAAAUAAUAACGAUAUCUACGCCCUUCGUAAAUUCGAUGAUUUAUUGGUCGCCACAGGGGAGAAUCAUGAGUCAUACUACAUCUGCGAAAAAGCAGAUUAUGCUUUUUCAUCUGAAGAAUCAACAUCAGUGGCCUUUUCAUCGACAUCCUCAUCAGCAUCACAAUCAUCAUCAUCAACAUCAUUAUCUUCUUUAUCAUCAACAUCAGUGGCCUUUUCAUCGACAUCCUCAUCAGCAUCACAA